CACCCCCGUGCGUCACAGAAUGGCUUCCGACACCCAGGGAGCCCCUGACGUGUCGGGGAGGAGCCCAGCGCGGAGGUACGCGGAGUGGAGCUCAGGGCUGCGGAAGGGAGCAGAGCUGAGAGGCUGGGCGGGCCUGGCCAGGCCAGCGGAGCAGAGACGUCGGCCGAGCGGCGGCGAACAUGCGCUUUUGACACAUUGGCGGCUUUCUUGAUCAUGGAUGGUGAAGAUAUACCGGAUUUUUCAAGUUUAAAGGAAGAAACUGCUUAUUGGAAGGAACUUUCCUUGAAGUAUAAGCAAAGCUUCCAGGAAGCUCGGGAUGAGCUAGUUGAAUUCCAGGAAGGAAGCAGAGAAUUAGAAGCAGAAUUGGAGGCACAGUUAGUACAGGCUGAACAAAGAAAUAGAGACCUGCAGGCUGAUAACCAAAGACUGAAAUACGAAGUGGAGGCGUUAAAGGAGAAACUAGAGCAUCAGUAUGCACAGAGCUAUAAGCAGGUCUCAGUGUUAGAAGAUGAUUUAAGUCAGACCCGGGCCAUUAAGGAGCAACUGCAUAAGUAUGUGAGAGAGCUGGAGCAGGCCAAUGAUGACCUGGAGCGAGCAAAACGGGCAACAAUAGUUUCACUGGAAGACUUUGAACAAAGGCUAAAUCAGGCCAUUGAACGAAAUGCAUUUUUAGAAAGUGAACUUGAUGAAAAGGAAUCUUUGUUGGUCUCAGUACAGAGGUUAAAGGAUGAAGCAAGAGAUUUAAGGCAAGAGCUAGCAGUUCGGGAACGGCAACAGGAAGUGACCCGAAAGUCUGCUCCCAGCUCUCCAACUCUGGACUGUGAGAAGAUGGAUUCUGCCGUCCAGGCUUCGCUCUCCUUGCCUGCAACGCCUGUGGGGAAAGGCACAGAAAACAGUUUUCCUUCACCAAAAGCUAUACCAAAUGGCUUUGGAACCAGUCCACUAACUCCUUCUGCUAGGAUAUCAGCACUAAACAUCGUGGGAGAUCUCUUGCGGAAAGUAGGGGCUUUAGAAUCCAAGUUAGCAGCUUGCAGGAACUUUGCAAAAGACCAAGCAUCCCGAAAAUCCUAUGUUCCAGGGAGCGUUAACUGUGGGGUAAUGAACAGCAACGGUCCAGAGUGCCCAAGGUCAGGGCGUGCAACUUUCUUCCAUAAAGGGAACUAACCAGUGCUGGAAUGGAAUGGAGUCUGUACCGUGACCGAGCGCGUUUGCCACCCACCUGUCCUAUACACCGCAUCACCUCAUCAGCUGCAGAGCGGCAUUUGAUUUAAUCACAACACUUGAUGGGUUAUGAAGAAGAUGAGGCUUUAAUCCGUAUGCUUUGCUGGACAGAUCAUCAAGUAGGGACGUCCAAUCUCAGUCUCUACUUAACCCUGACAUGCAGAGCCCAGCCCAGGUAAUUCGACAACAAGAAGCCAAUCCAAGAAGGAAGGAGUAGACAAAGUGGGUUUAUGGCAUGAUCUUCGCUUAGGCAAUCUUAAGGGACCUAGUAAAAAAGCCAUCACAGCUAGUAGAUGACUUUGGCAAGAUUGACUGAUAGAUACAGGGGCUGGAGAGGUGGCUCAGUGGUUAAGAGCACUGUCUGCUUUUUCAGAGGUCCAGAGUUCAAUUCCCAGCAACCACAUGGUGGCUCACAACCAUCUGUAAUGGGAUCCGAUGCCCUCUUCUGGUGUAACUGAAGACAGCUAUAAUGUAUUCAUAUACAUUAAAUAAAUUAAAAAAAAAAAACAAAAACCAAAACAAAACAAACACCAGCCAGAGUAUAUACAGAAUUGUAGUGUCCAAGUAAAUCACUGAAAGACAGUGCAACUGAAAAGAUUCACAGGCGGGAUGAACUGGCAUUUACGUGUGCUUCUGUAAACAUGUUCAGUGCCAUUAGUGUACUGGCUGGUUUUUUGUCAGCAUGGCAUAAGCUAGUAAUCAGAGAGGAAGGAAAAAUGCCUCUAUAAGAUAAGGCUGUAGGGCAUUUUCUCCAUUAGUGAUCAAUGUGUGAGGGCCCAGCCUAUUUAGGGUGGGGCCACCCCUGAGCUGGUGGUCCUGGGUUCUAUAAGAAAGCAGGUUGAGCAAGCCAUGGGGAGCAAGCCAGUAAGCAGCAUCCCUCCAUGGCCUCUGCUUCAGUUCCUGCUUCCUGGUUCAUGCCCUGACUUCCUUCAAUGAUGAAGCGUAAGUCGAAUAAACCCUUUCCUCCCCAGCUUGCUUCUUGGUCAUGGUAUUUCAAAGCAAAUCGAGCACAAUUCGAGGGGCUGGGGUCCUAACUGUUAAAGUGUCUGCCACACAAACAUCAAGACUAAAGCUUAGAUCCCCAGCACCCACAAAAGCUGACUGAGGGCACGUAGUCCCAGUGCUGGGAACUGCUGGCCAGCUGUUUAUCCUGGCUGCAUCUGAGCUCCAGCUUCAGAGAGAGGCACUGGGAAACAAGGUAGAGCACGACUGAGGAGGGCGCUGACCUCUAGCCUCUACGCAUGUGCAAGUGCUCAUAAUUGGGGGAGUGAGAUUAGAGCCGGGGUCCAGCUCAGGAUAAGCAAACAUCCCAAAGCAAAGGAAACACACAUCCUGUGGUGCGUGACUAUCUUGAUAAACAGCUAUUAAAUACAUUCAGUAUUACUUUUCAUCAUGAGAAAUAUUUGUAAUUAUUAAGCCAAAAGUUUGUAUUAGCCUCAAAAUUUUUAAAUUUUGCGUGUAUGAGUGUUUUGCCUGUUUGUAUGCUGAUGUACCUCGUGAAUGCAGUACCCAUGGAGGCCAGAAGAGGGCAGCAUGUGAGCCACCAUGUGGGUGGAUGCUGGGAACCAAACCUGGGUUGGUCCUGGACAAGGGCAACAGGUGCCCUUGUUAUAAACUUCAGCCAUCACGCCAGCAUACAAAAAGCAUACAAAAGUGAUUCCUUGGCUUAUAAAGCUGCUGGCCACAGACGCUUUGCAUGUGUGCAGCUGUAAGCAACAGUCACCAUUUCUUUUGUCAGGUGCUCCCUUCAUCCUGCGACUUCCACACAGCUCUGUCAGUCUUUGGGCUUUGGCUAAGAUCAUAGUUGUUGGGUGCAUGCAUGAAGAUAUAGAACUAUGAAGUUAAAGGAAAGAUUUUUUUCUGAAGGUUUGGUCACAGUUUGUACCUCCUACCGGUGCCUAUACCUAGCUAGUAAGAGCAGGGCCACCCCACGCUGGCCUUUAGCAUGAAUAACAGCCCUCUCCCAAUCGAGGCCAUAAAAUGGUAUCAUAUGGGUACCAAAAGUGAUGCUUGGAGCUGUCUGAAAUUACAUUCCCAGCAGCGCAGGGGAAAGGCACACUCUGCCUCCUCCUGGAGAUGUGCUGGACAGUUAUGUGUUGCUUAAGGGUAUUUGUGGGCACAGGACCAUAUUACAGCAAGGAUACUUCUCUUGGCCACCAUCCCCAGGUCUGUCUAAGAAGCAAAUCCAAUAAUCUAGGGGACAGCUGCUCUGGUCCUCAGCAGGACAGUGGCUCGGUGACAAGGUGACAGUUGGGUGCUAUAUUGUCUCCCAGCUUCAGUUUCAUCUUGGUUCCAGUACGGCCAUGUGACCCUGUCCCGCAGGGCAAGCCUGCCGUUCCUACCUGAAGCUUGCGAAGCUGCUUGAUCACUUCAUCCCGGGCCUUGUUGGCGGCCUCGAUCUGAGCCUCCAGGUCCUUCAGGUCUAUCUCCAUCUUCUUCUUUGAAGCCACAGCAAGUGCCCGCUGCUUCCGCUCAUCCUCCAGCUCUGCCUCGAGCUCCCGUACCUGAAGGACAGUGUGGACUGCAUUAUCCUGGCCUCUAGUUCCUUGGCUAGGGGAGCUCGUCACUGCAGAGGUUCCUGAUACCAACAAGUCCCCAUGUAUUACUAACAAAAGCUCCAGGACUGGGUUUAGUUCAGAAGGCCUUGGCAACCACUACGUGGGAUAGGCUACGCUUGCUGGUAGCUACUAGGGGACCGAAGGAGGAAGACCUUAGGCUCACAGUGACAGGUGACUCUAAAUCAGAAAGAUAGGAGGCACAAGACAAUCAUAAGAUUCUUUUUAUGUCUUUAAUUCCAACACUUGGGAUUAAACUCUGUUUGAGUACAUAGAGAAACCCUGUCUCCCAAGAACCAAACCAAGCAAACAAGCACACACAAAGAAUUAAACAUCAACCCUCUUCUCUCAUGAGGAACCCUUUAAGGUGGUUCAGUGGUAGAGUGCUUACCUAGUAUGUGCAAAGUCCUAGGUUUGAUCCCAGCCUUCCGAAGGGGGUGGGGUGAUUUAAGGAGGCCAUGAUAUAUGAAUGAUGGGCACCUGCAGUGUCUCCCCAUCUGAGAGACAGGUUUUCCCCUAGUCUCAUACCCUGAGUACUCCGAUGGCUUCACAGACACCCUAGCUAAGCAGCAGUGACAUUGGAGAAAGAGAAAAUCUAAACUACUUACUGCCAGACUCAACAUGUCCUGCAGCUAAUGCUUCCCAGUGCCAGCUACAGGGCCGACUGCUGGGCCGGCUGAGAACGCACGAGCCAGGCUCUGCAGGCCAUGCCUCCCCCACCUACCUGCUUGAGCAGCAGCCGCUUCUUCUCUUCAUUCUGCUCAUCUCUGGUUUGCAGGUCCCUCUCAAACUGGGCCUUCAUGGCCUGCAUGUUGACUUCCAGGCGGAGUUUGGCGUCCUCAGUGGCCUGCAACUCGUCCUCCAGCUCCUCCAGCUGGGUCCUCAUCUCCUCCACCUGCUGCUCCAGGGCCCGCUUGGACUUCUCCAGCUCGUGGACCUAAGGCGCAGCAAACAUCAGACUGGUGAGCAGAGGCUGCUGCUCUUGGAUCAGAGAUGUGACCUAAACCUACAGUUCUGACUUCUGUGGUCACACGUGUUUUAAUCACCCCACUUGAAUGACGGGACUUUGAAGCUAAAGCAGUCACAUCACCCGCAGAGUGUGAGGCUGCAUGAGCCUUAGAAGUCACUCACAAUGGAAAGGCUCAUGGGCCACCUGGGAUAGAGGUAGUCUGCAAAGCAGGGCACAGCCACAAGGUCUGACCUUUCUCUGAACAGUGCCCUCCACAAAGACGAGCCUUCUGAGCCUGGAGCUCCACUGGGUACCUCCACCUCCUGUCCCAAGUAACCUGCCCAACCUCUUGAAGCAGACCUAUGUGUUAUCGAAUGUCCGGGGCUCACAAUCACGUUAGCUUCACGGGCAAGCAGCAGAACUUAGGAAGAUCCAUUCCUAAGUAGUGUUUGGUAACUCGUCAGUCACCAUGAGUGUGAGUGUCAGUUACUGUGGAGAAAAUGACUAGGGAACCACUACAGUCUUCUCUUCACUGCUACAUGGCUCUGUGAGUUCAAAGCCAGCCUGUUCUACAAAGUGAGCUCCAGGACAGCCAGAGCUGCUACACAGAAGAGCCCUGUCUCAAAACCCCAAAAUAAUGGAAGUUGGCAGAAGAGCCAAGGGGAAUGUCCCUUUGAAUUGCAGGUCCAAAUUUACUCUGUAGCUUUCUGCUAGUUAGAUACUGAGGGAGGGCACAGGGCAAGGAACUAGCAUGGGGACUCUUGGAGAAGGCACACAUGUGAGAGCUCACAGAAAUGUCUCAACUGUAAGUCCUGACAGCUGCAGACACCCUGAAGGCCAGCACUCAGGUCUCAGGAAGGCCAGGCAGGGAGUGGAGUAAAUGUGCUUCAGUUCCCAGGGGAUCUUGGGACAUCCAGGUUUGUAACCACUGACAAUGCAGAUAUGAGAGGUGCCUCUGCCAGGAUGAACUGGGGCAGGGAGGGCCAGGGUAAGGGUCAACAUCUGGCUGUCUGCUAGGGGUUCUGCAAUAAUUCCACAUCUGGGGUCUGGGGAGAAGGUCUCAGCAGUAAAGAACACUGCGUGCUCUUCUGGAGGACCUGGGUUCAACUUGCAGCCCACAUGGCAGCUCACAACCACCAGCAGGUCUAGUCCCAAGGGAUCCAAUCCCUCUCUGCCCUCAAGGGCAUAGGGCAUGUGCAUGGCACGCAGACAUGGAUCUCGGCGCAGGUGAAUGGGAGAACACAUCUGCCUCCAGGACAGGGCUCAAGUUGGCUCUGCUAUGGUCCCAGGCUGUUUCUGUCCUUGCAACUACAGAUGACUUACGUUCUUCCCCACAUCAUCUUUCGAGCUCAUGAGGUCUUCCAUGUCUGCCCGAAGCUGCUUAUUCUGCCUCUCGAAUUCCUCCUUGGCCUCCAAGGCCUCCUCCAGGGCCCGCGCCAGGGAGAGCGCCUUGGUUUCUUUCUCUCUGGCCUCAGCUUCAGCCCGGUCCCGUUCUUCUGCAUAGCGAGCAGAGAUGCCCUUCUCUUCUGCCAACAGCUGUGUGAGAGCAGAGCACGGUGAAAACACCACUUGCCACGCCUAAGGACACUGCAGAGGGCCCUACGCACCCCAAGGCUCUCUGAGUGCCAAUGAUGCCGCGACUGGAAAGCUCCAGCCUGUGCUCAUGGGAUAGGCCACAGUCAAAGCACACGGCGCUGCACAGGCCGUAAGCACAGGCUUAUGUGGAACACUGAGGUCCUGUCCUGUACAUUACUGUGUAGGUGCACAUUCCCCAGUGAGGCAUUCUCAAGCCUGGGAUAGUGCUUGUCCUAAGAACCGUGCAUGGUGGUAUUUAUUCCCCUGUGCAGGACUCAUGGGCGCCCCCAUACUUCCUUUUUAUGUUUUCUGAACACUGUAUAAGUGUGUAUUGCAUUUAAAUAAGAAAAGAUUGUCUUAAACCGAAACCAAAGUGAGAGCCUUGUCAGGAUGUGGAGCCUAAGGGCCUGGACAAACGCCUCACCUGGUCAAACUUCUUCUGUUUCUUCUCCAAGUUGGAGACGAUCUGGCGCUGGUGGUCCAGGUCCACCGUCAGGUCAUCCAGCUCCUGUUGCAGCCGGUUCUUGGUCUUCUCCAGCUUGUCAUAUGCUAGGACCUUUUCCUCCAGUCGCUGACUCAGUGCCUCCACGUCCUUAAGCAGUUUCUUCUUGGCUUCUUCCAAACCCUCAAUUGUCCCCAGGUCAUCGUCCACUUUCUUCUUGGUGUCAGCCAGCUAGGUUUUGGGUAAGGAAGCAAGGGUCAUAAGAACUUGUCUGAUUUUUGCAUUUCAAGAAUCAACACUUGUUUUCAAUAUUAUAAGCCAGCACGGUAUGCUUCUAACCCAAGUCCUGAAACAACCCUUAGCUAAGCUGUAAAUUGGAACUGAGGCCCCACAGAAGCCAUACUUCUGUCUGUAAAGGUUGUCAAGUUAUGGAGAGGACAUUAGUGUUUGGCUGGGUCAAAGAAAAAAAAUCAUGUACCGAGCUUAAUUUAGUUCAACCUAAUUAACUGUCCCAAAAUGCAGAGGCUGAGUCCACGUGGCUAGGCCACCGCUGUCCCUGCACAUAUCUAGAGCACCGCUGUUCCCAAAAAGGACACACACCUGGGACUGCAGGGCCAACACCUGCUUUUCCAAGUUCUUCCUGGCCUCCUCUUCCUCCUCCUGCUGCUCCUGAAGGCUGUUCUUCUCCUCCUCCAGCUGCCGGAUCCGACUGCUCAGGUUCAGUUUCUGCCGCGUCUCCUCCUGAAGGAGCUCCUGUAUGUUUAAGAGGGAGCGCCUAGGUUACCUGCAGCGAACACUGGGGCUCGAUCCCACCAGAGGAACAAAAGGCCCAAACUAAAGUAACUCUCUGGACAAUUAGGCCACAAAAAAGCAAGCGCUCCUGUGGACAAGAAAUAGCCAGCGACAGGUAAACAGUCUCAUUCUUGCCUAGGCCCACACAUAUGCCUUCCACACAUGCGGCUCCUGCUGCAGUCUCUUCCUUGGCACUCCUCUGCCUCAAUCCCAGCACUCAGCAGGCAAGCUGACUGACUUCCCCCAAAUCUCCAUGCAACCAUGUCCUUGCUGCUUUUAGCCGUGAGCACUCUUCAAGGUGACACAUGGCUCCUGCCUCCUGCAGCCUCCCUGACCAGGCUGCUCAGGGGCUGCGCUGGUUGCUUAACUUGUCCCUGUAACUUAAUUACCCUGCAGUUUAACCGAGACCUCUACCCCCAUAUUUUGAGCACCUCACUCCAAAUGCAGAAACAGUGUCUGUCAAUGACUGCCCCAUCACAGAAAUGCAUGCAGCACGUGCUCUCGGCACGCGUGUAGCAUUGUGAUACAUUAGAGCUUUACUUUAUUCACGCCCUCUCCAUCCCCUGCUCCCCGAGUACCUGUGUGUCCUGUAGCUGAGACUCGAGACCUGCGGCGUCCUUAGCGAACUUCAUUCCUUUCUUCUCGGCUUCUUCCAGCAGGGUUGAGACAUUAUCCAGCUCAUUCUGCAAGGAGGUAAGGAAGAAACUCGGUUCCACAGUAAGAAAAGACCAUCAGAGCCCUUAGAGAACACAGCAGCACGUGAGUGUGCACAUGUAUGAGAAUUCGAACUAGAAAAUAAAUUCAGUGAAUGCUUACCACCCAGCCGGAGCUAAAACCCACUCCACAGCCCCCUUCCCACGGCCUCUGGUUGAAAGGGCAGGGAGCGCAGGGACCUGUGAUCCUCUUCGUGUUUUACUUUGACCACCACAAAAAGACAAAACAAAACCACGCUGGAGGGCGGGAAGGGCCAGUUUGGGCCAGCAGGUGGUUUCCUCCAUGUUAAUUUGCACUAAGCACAUGCCGGGGGCACAUGGAGUUUACAUCCUUACAGAACUUGACAUUUAAGGGACUCAAGGAGAUAUGUACAUGCUGGUAAUCAGCCAAAAUGUCUGCAGCUGUGAGGAGUGGCAUACUCACAUUCAGUGUGAGCAUAAGUCGCUGAGGAUCAGAUUUUAGGAAUAGUGUGACACCUCCCCCUUCAUCUCCUCCCCAAUGAGAGAGGUCUCCAAACAGGGCUGGAGAGAUGGCUCAGACCAUAAGAGCACUGGCUGCACUUCUGGAAGGUCUAGGUUCAGUUCCCAGCACCAAGCUCAUAGUGGUCUGUAACUCCCACCCUAGGGAUCUGCACCCUCUUCUGACCUUGGUGCGUAUCGAGCAUAGAGGUGAUGCACAGACAAACAUGUGGACAAAACUCGUGAGACUGUGCAGUGGUGGCGCACACCUUUAAUACCAGGGAGGCAGAGGCAGGUGGAUCUCUGUGAGAGGUCAUUCUGGUCAAGAAGCAAGUUCAAGGACAGCCACAGCUACACAGACAAACCCUGUCUCAAAACAUGCACGCUCACAUUUUAAUGAGUGUUGUGCAUGUAGAUAGAAAGUGGAGGAACAGCAGGGCAGGUUGUCUUCACUUGUCUUCUGGCUGUAUGACUAUGGGGAGCGAUAUGGAAGAUACAUUGUAUGCCUAACAGGAUAGCCUUGUUUCUAUUACUUCUGUAGCAACAUCCUUCAGUGCUCUGGGUGCAGGGGACUGGGGAAGAUCUCUGGUGUUGAGAGGGACCUCCUCUUCUACCUGAGAUCUGAAGAGGACAGAGAGGUGGCUUAGGUUCUAUGAGCCACAGCCUUCUUGCCGCCCUAUGGAGGAUGAGAGUGGGGGUAGUGGCUAUGUACACAGGAGCCCAGUGCUUCCCAGGAACCCUCUGAUGUCCCUCACCUUGUUCAGAACACUUGUUUCUAACUGCUGCCUUUAAGGAAUACCUUCCAAGAUCCCUGAGAGCCCACACACGAGGCACACAGGGAUGUUCUGUACACAGGCCAAAGGCUGGUCUCCUUAAGAGGCCUGCUUCUGACAUCCCUGGCUAGAUCCGGAAAGUUGGAUUUGAGGUGGGGUCUGACACUAGGUCCACUGUGCCUGUGCUCAGAGCACCUGCCACCUGUCCUUCCAGGCUGACGGCCUACACGACCCACAGCACCCACUUCUCAGCAACAAACAGCCUACUAUGCUGAGUGAAUGAUAGGAUCCCUGAAGGGCGACUGCCACCACUGUCCCCACCCUGCUGAAGAAACUGGGCACACGCUGUGGGACUGGGCUGGAGGUUCCCCAGCUGGCCACCAGAGUCAGGCAGCUCCAGCUUCCUUCCCUAGAACAGGAGACCUCAAACCUCUGUGACAACCACUUCUGUACUCUGUGCAGCGAGGCAGUGGCACAAACACCUCUUUCCUAACAGUGACUCCUCUGGGAAGUCACCUUACUGCUGUGCCGGAGUCUGUUACUAGGCAUGAAGGCGCCUUUGCACAUAUUCCUACAGUGAGCAGCUUUAACGCUGAGCCUGUGCCACUGUAAUACUCUAAAGACUUCUGUGUGCAGCUGGACUAACGGAGAAGGUGAGACGCACUCAGCUACAGCCACGCUGGCUAGGUCUAAACUCACACGUCUUUUUUUAAAAAAAGAUGUAUUUAUUUUAUUUAUAUGAGUACACUGUAGCCGACUUCAGACACACCAGAAGAGGGCAGCAGAUCCCAUUACAGAUGGUUGUGAGCCACCUUGUGGUUGCUGGGAUUUGAACUCAGGACCUCUAGAAGAACAGUCAGUGCUCUUAACCACUGAGCCAUCUCUCCAGCCCUAAACUCACAUGUCUUAUUCUUUAAAGGGAUUGCUUAACUUACACACACACACACACACACACACACACACACACACACACACACACACACACAACUUAAGGGUUCCCCAGAUUUAAUUGAGACACUUUCCAGGUAUGCAAGAGAACACGCCAGAGCCCAUACCUGUAGCUUGUUUGCUUUCUCGGCCAGUUCUACCCUGAGCCUGUCACCUUCUGACACCUUGGCGUGGAGCUCCUGGACCUGGGCAUCGAGCUUCUUCCUCUUGUGCUCUGACUCAGCCUUGACUUGCUGCAGCACCUUCACCUCACACGCCAGCUCCUUGUUGUCCGUCUCCAGGCCCUGUUUGUUCUUCUCCAGAUUGGCUUUGAACUAGCAGAGGGGAGAGAGGAACUCAUCAGCGGUUGUCUCACAAUACUCCAUAAAAGUGCAGACGUCUGUGGGCACACAGUGAGCCUGCAACACCACGUGUGCGCUGCAGGAGUGCCUGAGCACUCCCACUAUGGGAGACCUUGUGAGUUGUUGCAGCACUAUGGGCUGUGAGCCGCUCAUCAGACUGUGGUUCUCCUCCAUACAGGGCACAGGGAAGAACUGCGUGCCUUCGGUGCGUGUCUUCAGUAUCAAGUUGUCAGAAACGUUAUCCCAAACUUACUGAGUUUGGAACACGGACUGGGUCUCUGGUUAGAGACAAGGCUACCCAGGGCUCUGUCUGUGGUUAUGGAACUUGGCUCUAAUCAGUCUUCCCACUUAUUGGCUGGGUGACCUAAACGUAUGUGCUGGGCCUCAGUUUCCUUAUCCUUUAAAUGACAAUGACAGGUUAUGCGACAGUGCUGAAGCCAGGACUCUCAGAGUACUAAACAGCAGAGACUGACCCUCACUAGCGUGCUGACACCAUCACCCUGCACAGGGAAGGAUGAAAAGAGAAAGGAGAGGGACAGAAGCAAAAUGGCAGGAAGGCAAGGAAGUGUGUGGGGGAGGAGGAGGAAGGAGGCCGAGUGGGAGGGUAGGAGGCCGAGGAGAGCACAGCGGGGUGAAGAGCAGUAUGGAAGGGCAGGAAGGGCUGGCAGUGGUCCUGUGGCUUCUGGCCUCAGCCGAGAGGCUCAGCAAUGCUCCACAGAGGCUGGGAGCGAGUGAGCUGGUGUAGCUAGAGGGGACGUCCAGCAGGUGAGUCUCACGGGGUCCUCACCCUCUUAGCCUGUUCCAGUUGCUCAGAGAGUUCCUCCAGUGCCGUGGCGUGCCUCUGUCUCAUGUCCUGGAUCUGAGCUUCGUGGUUCUUAGUUUCAUCCUCAAGAGCCUUCUUCAGCUCAGCUACUUCCUGCUCCCGCUUUGUGCUAGAGACAUUUUUUUUUUUUAAAGUACAAAGGUCAGAAUUGGCUAAGCAAUGAAAUUAAAACCCAUUUUAUGUGCUAUUUGUGCUUAGUGAACCUUACAGAAGGUCUUUGAUAGACACUAGCCAUGUUAUUUCCAGUAAGUGGGCUUGAUCAGUUCUGUGGCAUCAGACAUCCUUCUAGAAACAGUACAACGUGCCCUCCACACUGACUUAUACAACCAGGAUUCACUGUGAUAUCCAUAAAGGUCAUCUAGUCUUUUUACGCAGUCUGCUUAACACAUGAUGCCAAGCUUCCUCAGUCUAGCCAACUUUCUGAAGUAAAUCCCACAAGGCUUGUAGCAGCAAAGGUGCUCCCCAUUGUAAGCAAGCCUACUUGUCACCCUUGUGAAGCAGUUACAGGGAACUAAUGUUACAGGGGAGGUGUAAGGUAAGGCAGGCUGAAGGGUCACAUCUCUCUAGAAAGGUCUUGGUGUGUGGUUGGGGAUUUAGCUCAGUGGUAGAGCGCUUGCCUAGGAAGCGCAAGGCCCUGGGUUCGGUCCCCAGCUCCGGAAAAAAAAAAAAAAAAAAAAAAAGAAAGGUCUUGGUGUUGGAGCCUGGUACUGGGCACAGGAGAUAAAAAUAUCGUAGGAUUUGAAUGCUCAGAAUGAAAUUGAGGGGUUUCAUAACUGCACUGAUGUCGUGAAGAUCACUAGUAUUAAACAUCCCUGUGUGGCUUUCUAGUAUUUUCUAACUGUCUAUGGCACAUGGGGGCAACAUGAACAACCCAGUUAUUUUACUAACCAGGAGUGAAUUCGCCUUCCUCAUGUGGUAAGCCAGGUUUUAGAUCAGUCAACCUGAACAUCAUGUUCAGGUGCACAGCCUGAGAGAUGGAAACCAGAGGCUGCGAUAUAGCCUUGCUCCGUGGUAGAGCUCCUAGCCUGUGGCAGCCCUUUGACUACCACCUGCUCGCUUCCUGAAACCAGUAAGGUGACCGACUCCUGCAGAGACCUACGUCAGCGUGUCUGCAGAGUCCAAGGUCACCCUGAAAGGCAUAUCUGAAAGACUUGCUCUCUGCUUUCAGAUGUUUAGGGGGACCUCUUCUACCCAACACAACUCAAAACACCAAGUCAAUGCAGAUGACAAAAAUUUAUUGUGAUCAAGUCCUCAUGCUUUGGGGAACAAAGGAUGACUAACGGGAGCUGUGGCUAGGAAUGGUCAUUAUGUUUUGGGGAGCAAAGGAUGAAAAAAGGAGUCUUUAUUUAUGUUCAGAAACAGAAGAUGAAUAACAGAAGCUGGUCAGCUAUUGGGGAGUCCCCAGGUCCCUUAGGGCUGGGAACGAGAGCUUAGUUUCACCCCAUCACUAAAGUGGAGUCUGAAAACAAAAUGAUAGCACUUAGGAUAAGUUUCUUUUGCUUGUUCCCAACACAGAUGUGAAACCCAUGCCAAUGAUACGUUUCUCUCCUCCCUAUUCUCAGCUGAGAGAGAGGGCAGAGGUCACAGCCACGAGAGGGCUGCUGCAGCUGGCAGCUCUGGUUAGAUGUAGUCUAGACAGAAGAGUCAUGGAAGCCACUUUAGCUGCAAGUGCUGCUGGCUCAGACACUUACUUGGUCUGGCCUGUCCUUGGCUAGUGCUCAUCAACAUUACUUCAACACAGCUGGUGGCUCCCGCUUAUUAGAUGUCCAGGAAAGGCCCUGCUACGCUCAUUGCCUUUUCAGUGUGUUCCUGGUCUCUACUUGAAUCCCAACAUCACAGGAACUCUUUCGCACAGAAGAGAAACCCAUGUCCCCCACUAGGGGACAAGGUAGGGUUCGGUGAGCACUCCGACCAGUCUUGGUAAGAGCACACCACACACCAGGUUUUAGAUGAACCAGAGCCAUGCCUAGUAUUGUGUUCACCACCACCAAGCACAUGCUUGGUUUUGGUAAUGGUGUACACACCAUUUCAAGCUUUUAACACAGAAAGUCUCUGCAGCCCAGGCUGGCUUCAAACUUGUGGCAAUCCUCCUGUCUCGGUCACCCAGGUGCCUGAGCAACCACCCGCAGUAUCUGUGCAAGAGCUGAGCGGGAAGAAGUGGUUAGAGUUGUGGUCAAAGGCCCAUCUGUGGAGCUAGAAAUCCACCAAGAAGCUAAGAGUCUAUUCUGCUCUUGCGGAUUCCUGGGUUCGGUUCCCAGGACCUCCAUCUUGCAGGGAGUGCCGACGCCUCCUUCUGGCCUCUUGUAACUCCAGCUUCAGGAGAUCUGAACAUUUAGUUCUUCAGACACAUGCACACAUGGGCACAUACCUCAACCCUCGUUAAAAAUAUAAAAAUACAAAGACCUUCUGAGGGUGGGUAUGUGUGCAAAUUUAGUUGUAUAAAGCAGAAAGAAUCUGUGAAAAGCAGGCCAGAACUUAGAAUGCUGCUGCACACGCAAACCCUGGGCAGUUUGUUGUGAUGGCUGCUCGUGCCUUCCCUGAGUGCUCCUGAAACUGGGGUUGGGGAUGGAGGGUCUGCCCUGGUCUCGCUGUUCUCUGCAGCCAUCUGCUAUCUAGACACAAAUCUGUCAUUCUUCCAGGGGCCUGUUUCCUGAUCAAUGAGUAGAUCCUGGUGUCACAUCCUGACCUUCCUGGAAAGGGGGUGGGGACCACUGGCUUUUGGCAUACUGAUCCUCCUUCUGGGUACUUGGUGUCUACUUUAUUUUUUUUUUAUUUUAUUUUUUUUUAAUUUAUUUAUUUAUUUUUUUUUUUGGUUCUUUUUUUCAGAGCUGGGGACCGAACCCAGGGCCUUGCGCUUCCUAGGCAAGCGCUCUACCACUGAGCUAAAUCCCCAACCCCUGGUGUCUACUUUAUUAAUGUGACAGUGUAGCCUCCCACUGUAGCACUGGUGGCCCGUCCAUCAUGCAUAUCCUAGAGCAUCUGACAGGCACACAUGUGUGUGUAGACUGUGCACACUUACACAACAAGCUCAGUCACUAGCCUAGGCAGUGUGGGUUCCUUUCUGUCUGGAUUUACAGUCACAUGGAGGGAGCAGUGGCAAGCAGGAGGCAAGGACAGCAGGGUGGAAGGUGUCUCAGUGGCCUCACAGAUGACAUCUACAUUGCCAGUGGCCCUGCCUAGUCAGUGAGUUGUGAUAGCUGUAGGUUCCUGACUAUGAGCCUUCUCAGGCUAUGUCUACCUAUGCCUGGCUCUUGGUAGUAUCCUGUGCAGAACAUUCCAGGGCCUGUGCUCACUCUUUUCUUACAGGGCUGGGACUGAACCUCCGCCUUCUGCAUACUCAGCAAGCACUCUGAGCUGUCCCGGCUUUGCACCCGUUAGCACCCCUCCUCCUCCUCUGCUUCCCUUCCAGUGCCCAUUGCUACUGUACUGCCUGCGGGUGGCCUCUGCACCCCUGCUUCCCUUCCAGUGCCCAUGGCUACUGUACUGCCUGCGGGUGGCCACCGCUCCACUGCUUCUGUCUUCAUCCUGUCCUUCCCUUGGUUCUGCCUGCUGUCUCCUCCUGACUUCAGCUUCUACCGUGUCUCUCACCUCAAUCUGCUGUGUGGCUGCUUACUAACCACCAUGCUUUGUCACCAAUUUCCUGCUCUCCUUCCAGGAGGAAGUGGGCUAUCGAUUUGAAUGGCAUCCACUGUGGAGUGGACUGGAAAACCCAGCAUGGUGGAGCCCCUCACUCACCGGAGUUCCUGCUGAGCUGCUGUGGUGUCUAGGGUGUCCUCCAGUUCUGUCUUUAGAGCUUCCAGCUCCUCACUCAGGUCCCGUUUUUGUUUCUCAGCCUUGUUCCUUGAAGCCUUUUCAGACUCAAAGUCUUCCUGGAGCUCGGCGAUUUGGGCCUGCAGCUCCCGCGCAACUUUAAGCGCAUUAUUCUUGUGCAGCGUCUCAUCAUCUCCUCUGUCAAAAGAUCCAGGCACAAAGACACUGAGGAUGGUGUGUGGAUGGGCCGUGCCUCCUGCCUGACAACACCCGUUCUUUCUGGGGCCUGCUGGAGUCGGGGUCUCACUCACCAGCACAGACCUGUGUGUGGUCCCAGGCCUGAAACUUUCACACCUUAGACUUCCCCCAUUCUUUGGCACAACUUUGAACUUACAUGUACGGUUUGAGUGUCGACAGAACUUCCUGAUGGGACUACACAAGCGAGAGGCCUGUUUCCAGACUACAAAGCACCCAGUUGAAUUCAUGGAGCUGGGGAUGACUGUGGACUUUUCAUCCCCCUGCCUCUACCUCCUGGGAUUAUAGGCAUGCUGUUCUACACUCAGUCUUCUGUAGUGCUGGGAGCAGAGCUGGGGGUUUGUGCACAAUAGGCAGGCACUCUACCAGCCAUGCUACAGCUCCAGCCUGUUACAAGUUGUUCUUAAUUAAAUCAUGUUAUAAAUUAUGCUCUAAGACCAUGUAGUCAGGUAGUUAAUGCUUUAAAAGUAAAAUGAUAUGUUAGAUGGAAAUAAAUUGGUUUCAAUAUUCCAAA